CUCUUAUAUUUUGCUAUAAAUUUCGUUUAUGUUUAUGCAAAUUAACCCAAUCGUGGGUUCAUCCGUAUCUAAGUGUUUGAAGUACUUAAAGAAGCUAUAUCAACUGCUUUUUCUUGGGCUUAUAACAUCUUCCAUUUCAAGAUUUCAGUGCAAAAUGGUGAGUAGAAAGGUGGAUUUGCGGUCAGACACUGUGACGAAACCGACGGAAUCAAUGCGAGCUGCGAUGGCUAUGGCGGAGGUGGACGACGAUGUGUUGGGGUACGACCCCACAGCCUUGGAGUUGGAAGAAAAGAUGGCAAAGAUAAUGGGAAAAGAAGGAGGGUUAUUCGUUCCAUCAGGGACAAUGGGAAAUCUAAUAAGUAUUCUUGUGCAUUGUGAAACUAGAGGGAGUGAAGUGAUUGUUGGAGACAAUUCUCAUAUUCAUAUAUUGGAGAAUGGAGGUAUUGCAACCAUUGGAGGAGUUCAUCCAAGAACGGUGAAGAACAAAGAUGAUGGAACAAUGGAUAUUGAUUUGAUUGAAGCUGCCAUUAGAAAUCCAAAGGGACAGCUCUUCUUCCCGACAACAAGGCUCAUUUGUUUAGAAAAUACACAUGCAAAUUCGGGUGGAAAAUGUCUUUCGAUGGAAUAUACCGAUGAAGUUGGAGAGUUAGCUAAAAAGCAUGACCUCAAACUUCACAUUGAUGGAGCUCGAAUUUUCAAUGCUUCAAUUGCACUAGCUAUUCCGGUCGAUCGAUUGGUACGAGCCGCUGAUUCAGUAUCAGUAUGCCUAUCAAAAGGUUUGGGUGCACCUGUUGGAUCAAUCAUUCUGGGUUCAAAAGACUUUAUUACCAAGGCAAUAAGGAUUAGAAAAACAUUGGGUGGAGGAAUGAGGCAAAUUGGCAUCCUUUGUGCAGCUGGACUUGUUGCUAUCAAAGAGAAUGUUCAAAAACUUGAAGCUGAUCAUGAGAAGGCUAAGCAACUAGCGAGUGGGUUAUACCAAAUCAAAGGAUUAAAGGUAGAUCCGAAAUCAGUUGAGACAAACAUUAUAUUCUUUGAAAUAGAAGACGAUUACGGAAUCUCGAUGGAAACAUUAUGUAAAACCUUGGAAGAACGUGGCAUUUUUAUGAUGCUAGAAAGCCAAACAAGAGCUAGAAUUGUUCUUCAUCAUCAGAUUUCAACAAGUGAUGUUCAGUACACUCUAUCUUGCUUUAAGCAAACUCUAAAUGGAAUUAAAGUUGUAAAUGGCAACUAAUUGAUCUCAUAAGUAACUCUUUCUCUCUCUCUCUCCCUAAUAAAUAAACUGGAAGUUACCCAAUUUGGCUUAUGCUUAAUAUGGCCUUUGUUGUAUAACAUAUUUCUAAUCUCUAUAUUGGACUGUAGUAUAUUC